UGGUCAGCAUUCCUUCAGGUUGGCAGGCAGGAGUGUCUCCUGGCACCGUAGCCUCAUAUCCAGUCGCACUAGUUGUGUUUGUGAAGUGUGUGUUGUCACCGGGGUGCGGGGUUCAUACAAAGUGUGUCCGAGCGCCCCCUCCCUCUCAGAGAAGUGGUUGCGUCGUACAGCCAGUGUUAAAUGCCUUGUGAGUGGCGACGCUUCUUCAGUACGGCUGUGGGGCUCGUUGUGGAGUAGGGCGAAGACGGUCUUAUUUCUUGUGUUUUUUCUGGGGUUCAGCAGCGCAGUACUCCACAUUAUCAUGAAGACCAUCAUAGCAGCCUACUCGGGAGUCUUGAAGGGGUACUGGCAAGGAGCCACAAAGGGAGUGCAAGAAAUGACCCUGCAGAUGCAAAAAGAGGAAGCCUGCUUUUUAAGUAGCCUGAAAGUGCGUCAGACUAGUACAGGAGCCAGUAUACUUUCUGCACUGCAGGAACUUCCUUCAAUUCCUUGGUUCUCCAAGUCAAAAUUUGAGAAGCAACUUCAGGCACUUGCUGUCCUACAGUGGAUCCUCUCAUUUCUUUUUAUGGGUAUCAUAUCCACUACAGUAGUACUGUUCUUGUUUUUCACGGAUUUCUGGCCAAUAUCAGCAGCAUAUUUUGCGUGGUAUGUCUUUGACUGGAAUACUCCUCAAGAAGGAGGAAGAAGAUCGGAAUGGGUUAGAAACUGUGUCGUAUGGCGGUACUUCAGGGAUCAUUUCCCAGGCAUAUGCCCUGUGAACCGUGACACUCUCGACUACAUCCUCUCCAAAAGUGGCACUGGAAAUGCUGUUGUGAUAGUUGUUGGUGGAGCUGCGGAAUCACUGAAUUGUACAUCCGGGAAAAACUGUGUAAUCCUGAAAGAGAGGAAGGGUUUUGUGAAGCUGGCACUGCAGCAUGGUGCUGAUCUGGUCCCAGUAUACUCAUUUGGGGAAAAUGAUGUUUAUAAGCAAGUCAUUUUUGAAGAAGGUUCUUCGUGGCGUUCCUUGCAGAAGAAAAUGCAGAAAGUUUUUGGAGUUGCCCCUUGUCUUUUCUUCGGGAAUGGUGUGCUUUCUGAAGAUACAUGGGGACUUCUGCCUUUUGCAAGACCAAUUAACACAGUCAUUGGAGAGCCCAUCACUAUCCCCAAGUUGGAAAAUCCAAGCCCUGAUGAUGUGGAUUUUUAUCACCAGUUGUACAUGAGAUCCUUGUCAACACUGUUCGAUCAGUACAAGUUAAAAUUUGGUCUUGCAGAGACGGAUGUCCUGGAACUGAACUAAAGGAUCAGUGGCGGUAUCUUUGAACUUGACAGUGGGUGCUGCUGUACUAAACCAAUAGAUUUUGUCUAAUGUAGCGAGCAGAAAAAUCUGAAUGUGCAGUUCACACCAAUUGCUAGUGUUUCUUUUCCGAGAGAACUAGAUUUAACAUUACACAAGUGAAAUGAAGAAAGCUCCCUUCAGAAACUGCUUCUAGUUUAGUGGACCAUGAGUAAUAUAAGUUGCACAAAGAUUGAACAGGAUAUGUGUUCAUUCGCACUUUGGAAUUUGUCUUUUAUCCCUAGUGACAGUUUAUCAGAACUUCAAAAAGAUGGACAUUUGAUAGUAAAUAAAGUGCCUUCUCACCAGGUGUAAAUUCAUGUUCUUAUGAGGUUACACACAUUAAAGGUGCAGGAAUAAAACAGUGUUUAUUUUUGAAAUGCACAGAAAAUGCAAUUCUGAACUCCGUCCUCAAACAUUGUCAUUUGCCCAGGCUGGGAGGGGGUGUACAUUAGGCAUGUAUAUGGCAUUUCAUUGGCUCUGUAUUGUAAACUUCAUGUGGUGUAAAGGUGACCAAAGAUGUCUAGCUUCACUUUUUUUUUUUUACUUUACCAUGAUCUUGCAUACUUAAGUCGCUUAUAGUAUGUAAAUCAGAGGAGUUGUAAAGAAUGUGUACAUUAUGGAAACUUAAGUAUGUGAUGGUGCGGUAUAAAAGGAACAGAGUAAAGUACAGUAAUUGGAAGAGAACUGUAUUUGGGUUCAGAUUUGGUAAAUAUUUACUUUAAUCAGAAUGAAUAAAAUUAUAUUGCACACCAAACUGUUUAAGCUGAGAUGCCUCAUGAAUGUAAGAGCCCUUUUAUUGAAGGGUGUUCUGCCGACAUGUUUACAUGUAUUUGUCAAACUGUGAUUAUCAUUUGUAUAAUUGCAGUACAUCCAGGUUAAGAUACUGGGAAAUAAGUUGAUUUCACUUUUGAUAAAAUACAUUUAAAUGAUGUGUACUCUGCAUGAAUACAGAUGAAAUUAGUAGGUGUUAUUGUUGCAUUUUUGCACUCAACUUUGAGAUUCUUAUAAUGUACUGUGAAAUAAAUAGCAUUUUAUGUAUUUUAUUGAGUGAUAAACUGUCAUGUGACAUUAGAUCUUCCACUGUUGGGACAGUUGGUGUAACUUUUUUGAACUUUCAGUAGUAAACUUUAGAAAUGUGCCUUUUGCAAUGUCUGCUUCAUAUCCUGUUGUACUGAUGACUCCAGCCUUAUAAUGUUUCUGUGAGAUAUGAGACUACAAAUCAAAUGUUUUUUUACUGGUUUAUAUAGACAAUAAAGUUUAUGAAAAUAUA